UAGAGAAAGGAGGCGGGGACGAAGUCCAUCAAGAGACUGGGAGGACUAAGCGGUCUGUGCAGACUUGCAGACUUCUCACGCUGGGAGGCCAGUCCACUAGCCUACGACUUUUAACGAGGGAAAGUGCACAAUCCGUCUCGCUGUCAUUUCACCACCCUCGCAAGCUCACCAGGGAUUUUUUUGUUGCUGUCUCACAAGGAUUUGGAGACCAUGGUGAUCAAAGUUUACAUUGCGACGUCGUCGGGAUCAACCUCGAUCAAGAAACAGCAGCAGGACGUUAUGGGGUUCCUGGCAGCGAAUAAGAUCGAGUUUGAGGAGUGCGACAUUGCGGCCAAUGAGGAGAACAGGAAAUGGAUGCGAGAAAAUGUACCUGAAGACUCCAGGCCAGCCACAGGGAACCCACUCCCACCACAGAUAUUCAAUGAGGAAAGAUAUUGUGGGAACUACCAGGCCUUCUUUGAUGCUCGAGAAGACAAUGCUGUGUAUGCAUUUCUAGGCUUGACUGCUCCUCCAGGUUCAAAGGAGGCAGAGGCUCAAGCCAAAAAAGAGCAGCAGUAGUCUACAGCAUCUUCCGUUACCCUGUAUGUCUCCAUGACUGCAGCCAGACUUCAGUGCUUUCCCCCCUCGCAUACAGCAAUCCCAAAUAAAACUACCUGUUAUCUCCUUUUACUCCCAUCAGCAUUCCACCGCCAUCAUUUUUGCUAUUGUUAUUCCCUCCAAAAUGGAUAUUUUUAUCCAGCCUGCUCUAACACGUCUUAAAGACAACAUGAAUGACUUACAGCAGUGUAUUACUUGUUCUUGUUAGUUAUUAGAAUUACGUGCGUGAUGUCCUAGCACAAUUCAGUUGUUAAGCAUACAUUCGUAUGGUGGUAUUUGUUGAUGAAGUGCCAUUUGCAAGCAACUAAUCAGUGCCUGCAUUGCAACACACACACAGUGCACUUAGAAUUCAUCUAAAUUUUCACUAUUAAUUCACAUAAAAAAAAUCCCUAUUAAAUAAUGCUAAAGGGCUAUAAGUAAUAGUCAUGUCUUGUGCUCUCUUAAUUAUUUAGCUCUGGUCUCAUAGAGUCUAGUGCUGUAGUCUUAAGUCCGCUCUCAUUUUGUACUGUUUGUUUUUUUUAUUUUAGAUCUGUCUGAUUUUGAUGACAUUUAAAGGUACACUAAGUAGAAAUGUCCUUUAAGGUUCCAGUAAUACUACAAAUAACCCAAAAUAUUAUGUAAUUACAUAGUAACUUAUAGCUCAUGAUGGCCUUUGAGCUUGAAGAAUGACUUCUCUGCAGUGCACUAUAUUAAGAAAAUGUUUAAGGUUUAAUAUAUACAAAUAACUAUGCCACUGCUUUAGUUUCCCUGUACAAUAAUUUGCUAGAUAUAUUUACAAUAUGACGUAGUUUUAAAAUAUGCUACUUUCGCUAUGAAGUGGCAAGCUAAAUUAUUAAAAGCAAUUACAUUCCGUUAAGUUACAAUCAGCUAAUAGUAUUUUUUUUUAUUGAGCCACUCAAUAAUGACAUUUACACAAAGUAGAACAGUUCUUAUAUAAAACUGGUUAACAGAGGCUUCCGUUGGUUACCUGUAAUCACUGUUAUUAAAAUAUGAUUAAACAGAAAAAACAUUACUUAGUGUACCUUUAAUUCUUUCUUCUGAGUGUCUUGAAAAUGUACAUUGUUUUUCUUUUUUAUGAACAAACAGGAAGGGUCAUGCCAAAAAAACCCCUGAAAGAAUUGUGAUAUUGAAGGGAGCAGGAAAAUAAAACAUUGUUUCAUUAAAAUGUU